AUGGACCCUUUUUCAGCUGAAGGAGAGCUCCUAAACAUCCACAAUGCUUUCCACCAAGGCCAAUAUCAAGAAGUAGUCGAUUUCGAUACCUCCUCCUUCUCUCCUGAAAAUAGCCUCACUGCUCGUAUUCUUAAACUGCGCGCUAGAAUCGCACUCGGACAAACCCAAGAGGUCCUUGCAGAUGUUGGGAGCCAAGAUCAAGAUGUACCUGAUCUGGCAGCUGUUAAGGUGCUGGCGCAACAUGUUGCGGGAGAUGAAGCUGAAGCACUAAAAGGAGCAGAGGAACUUAUAACGAGUCACUCGGAUAAUACAACCACUCAGGUUCUUGUAGGAACGGUGUUGCAGGCCCAAGGGAAGAGCGAGGACGCCUUGUCGUUAUUAUCGAAACAUCAGGGCAGCCUUGAAGCCGUCGCCUUAAUUGUCCAAAUCCACCUCCAACAAAAUCGCACGGAUCUUGCGCUGAAGGAAGUCCAGGCCGCACGACGGUGGGCUCAAGAUUCGCUUCUCGUCAACUUGGCUGAGUCCUGGGUGGGAUUGCGAGUGGGUGGUGAAAAAUACCAAUCCGCAUUCUACGUCUACGAAGAACUUGCCUCUGUGCCUAACACAUCGUCACCGCUUUCAAUCGUAGGCCAAGCCGUUUCUGAACUACACCUAGGUCGUCUGCCGGAGGCAGAAGUCGCUCUCCGAUCAGCGCUGGAGAAAUACCCCAACGACGUUCAAUUAAUUGCAAAUUCGAUCGUUCUGAAAGUGUUGAGCGGGAAAGAUGCGACAGAGCUAACAUCAUCUCUUGAAAAGGCACAACCAGAUCACCCAUUCCUUACUGACCUGGCUGAGAAAAGCGCAUUUUUCGAUGCUGCAGCAUCGAAGUACGCAGCAAAGGUGUCUUCAUAG